GUUCAACAAAAAUUCACUAACAAAUAAAAUGAUGGAUGAUGGACUUAUGUAUAAAAAACAAGAAAAGUUCUGGGAGAUUGGGUAUGAUUUACAUAACAUAAAAUUCUACUGUGAAACAUGAUGCUUGACAGUAGCGUGCCUGCAGCCUGUUAAAAUAAAAAUGAUGUAUUACUAAUUACGAACAAACAUAACAUUCUUCAAAAUCUCAAGUCAAAUGCGUUGAUUUUAUCGGUCAUCAUCCGAUUUAGCACUGCUUCUCAAUAUUGCGUUAUAUCAUACGAUACACAAUACUAUAACUAACUGGAUUCCAUUAACUUAAUUUGUCUGCGACUCACUUUAUGCCAAGAAAAGGAAUAUCGUGACAAAUCUCUCGACAAAUCUCACUCUAAAAUAUGUGGAUAGUGCGUCACGUUUAAACUCUUUACCCGCUGGAAUCGUCAAAGAAUUGACUGCUUCAACUCCGUGCUGCUGGAUCGACGUGUGUUUGAGAAACUGUAAAAAAGAAGAAAGCUGCAGAAAGAAUGCCGGUGGUCAGCGUAAAGUGUAAUGUUUAUCAGGAGGCUUGCACUGAGGCACGCAGAUGGAUCGAGGAAGCAACCAAAAUUAUAUUCCCGUGCGAAGAUUUUCUAGAAUCUCUAAAAAAUGGCAGGUUGUUAUGCAACCUCGUGGAGAAACUGAGUGGCAUUAACGUUGGUCAACUUAAUGACAUACCACGUUCUUUGGCUUGGAUGGAUAAUCUCGUUAUAUUUCUGAACGUAUGUCGCUACAUGGGUCUAAAAAAAUCCCAGCUAUUUCACGUUAGCGAUUUAGCUGCUGUUCAAAAUCAUAAUAUCCCACACAUAAUAAAACAGAGGGAAGAAAACAGAAGAUUACGAAAUGUACUGAUAACAAUAUUUUGGUUGGGAAGAUUAGCAUAUUCGCUUGAGGAUUACCGAGGACCAUUGCCAAAAUUGGACGCAUUUGAAACCCUCAUUAACAAAAACAGACCACCAGAAAUGGUUGACCAAGAUCGAAAAAAGUUUGAACUUGAUACUCUGAGUGGGUCAGGAACUUGGCCUAGAAUAAGUCGUAAUCCACGAUCCUCGCAAGAUUCCAGUGUUAGGGAAGGUUCUUUGGAAUAUUUUGAACACAUGAGACGUCAACUUAUCCCACGUCUGACGGCAAAUGUCGAACAAAAAGCUGUUGUGUAUGAAAGAAGAAAGCAAGGAUCGAAUCAGGGUGAAACGAGGGAUGGAAAACAUACCGGAGAAAGGCGACGUUCAGUCGGCAAUCUUAAAACCUCAGAGAAGACUGAAAUAGCGGCAAAACGAGCACACAGCAUCGGCGUCUUAAACACGAAAGGCGAUCCCACCCAGGCAAGUAACAGAAGCAACAUUCCUUUUUACACUGGUUCAAUCACAAGACGAACACCUGUGAAAAUGAAAGUAAACCAAACACAUGUUCCAAAGCAAGCAGAAAAACGUUCGCCUCAAGAUCGAGUUAACAUCAGCCGUUCCUAUGAGCGAACAUUCCAAUAUGAUAAAAAACCGAUACAAGAAAAAAUCCCAUCAACACGUUCCAGUGUGGAAUCCCGCACCAAGAAUAAGAAAGAAAGCGAUUAUGUGUCAGUGAAAGCUUUGAUUAAACAAUGGUCAGUUCCAGAGAAAAGAAAAGAUCAACAAGACCAACCGGUCCAUGCAGGCAAAUACAAAAAUAGGCGAUCGCUCCCAGCCAAGUUUGAUGCAAGUGAUGUAUCGUAUGAACGGAGGCAAUUGCCGCACUCCAAAUCCGUAGAGGAAAAUAUAAGUUACGAGAGAAAAAAGGAUUACAUGACUAAGCCAAACAGAUCACUGGAAGCUCUUUCGCCUUCUGAGAGAAAUCGUGAGUCACGAGGUACAAAGCAAACGUACGUGCUGGAGAAUCGGCAGAGAAGAAAAUCUGAGCCUUCGAAUUUCUCUAAGAGAGAGUGUGAACCAAAGCUCAUUGAAAAAGACAAAUCAUCAUUAAUGAAAAGUAUAGAUGUCAACAAUGAUCACUACCCUAAAGAUCAAGUAAAGGAAAGUGUAGUGGAAAAGUCCAGGACUACUAAAGAUAUGUAUGCAGUUCCUCAUCUUCGGCAAACUGAUGGUAAAAAAAUCAAAGGGAACUAUUUAGAGCGUCCUCUUACGAAAAGGAUAUCGCUUCCGGUGUGUCAAAAAGCUGAGGUAAAACAUGUUGAAAAUUAUAUGGACCAAAAGUUCAUUCAACGACGGGAUUUGCAGUCAAUUGGUAAAUACGCCACAAUGCCCGCAAGACAGACAAGGCAGAAUAAUGAACAGAUUACCACUGCAAAGAAAGAAAGAGGUGUUGAAAAAAUUGGUGAUGUCAAUUGGGAAAAGAUGAAUCAAAAAGCGAAUGAAACAUCUGAGAGAACGAUUGAACAUCCUCCAAGAAGAUCUUCGACUCAAAAAACUUCGUCAUCUCAGCGUCGUUUACCGAGUUAUAAAGAAGCCCUUAUGCCUUUGGAGGAUGCUGACAAAGCCGAUGCAUCAAAACCGAGUCAAUCCGAUAAAAAGAAACCGAAAGAGACAGAAUACGUGUCAAUGAGCCAACUACAUCAACGACGAGCCAGGGAUAAUAAAGGAAAAUCAUCCACCGUUACCGCGAGAGAAGUUGAUUACUCAAAAGGAAAACGUGAAAAUUCUUUCAAACAACAUGUAACACGUGUACAUGCUGCUGAUAUUGAUCGCCCAAUUCUAACUUCGAAAGAUAUGCAGACAAACAGAAGUUAUGAAAUUACACAAAAACGUCGUAAUUCACAUGAGAAAAGUGCCACGGGAAAACAAAUAGCUUCUUUAACAAAUACAUCGACAGGGAUGUCAGAUAUUGAUGCCAGAAAGUCAUCCAGUAAGAAGACGGUAGAGAGAAGCGAAAAUAAGGUCAACGUUAAGGACGAGAACAAUAAUCAAUUACCUGUAUAUGAUGAGGUAGCACUCGAAACUUUGUUAACGUCGUCACAACAGAUGGGUGAUAGAGAUGAUUCAAGUAAAAAAGGCACAAACAGCGAAAGAGGUUCGUUUGUUAGUCAAGAAACUAUAUCUGAAAAUGACAGUCAGGUACUUUUAAAUGAAUACGAGUGCUUAAGAGAGAAACAUAAAAGUUCCAAUGCCCGGGGUGUACAAUACAUGAAUCCAAAGGUAACGCAACCGUCAACAGACCAAGGCGGAUCGAAUACUCCAAAUGUUGUUCAUGAUCGGGCACUGUUGAAACUGGUUGCUGCUGAAGAAAAAUAUUGGAAAGACAAGGCUGAGAAGAGAGACAUGGAUGCUAAAAAAGAAAAUUUCAGAAAAGAGAAGGAAGCAAAAAAGGUUGGAAACGGGAAACAAGAGCGUGUUAAUGAAAUGUUGCGAGAGUUUAAGAUGCAUGAUCAGGCAGAGAGGAUUGACUAUUCCGAGAUAACUGACACACUGCGUGCUGAAGAAGAGUUUCUGGCUCAGGAAGCAGAAAAAUAUUUGAAGCGAAGAUUUCAGGAAAAAUCAUCAGCCAAACCAAAAUUACAACAGGAUGUCAAUCAAAAGCUCAAUGAAAGCCAAAAAUGUAAAAUCCCUGUUCGAGCAAAUCCUUCUGGUUUGCAUUCCAUUCUAAAAACUCGUCCGAAAAAAUCGCCGAGUGUAACUAGUUCCGACGACAUUAAUUUAAAACCAGAAGCCGACCAAGCUUACCAUCAUCCUAAAAGGAUUUUACGAUCAAGAUCCCCUGUUUACAUUUGCAGCGGUUGUCGUUUGCCUGUAGAAAAAGAUAUCUGUCUAUAUGUUGCUGAAUUACAGUCAUACUGGCACGAGAAGUGUUUCUGUUGCUCAGUGUGUCGUUGUAACUUGAUCCAAAAUGAACAAACACCAAAAAUUCGCGUCAUGUUCUCUCGAAUUCAUUGCGAAAAUUGUCUCAGCAACAAAAAAACUGGAGGACAAUCCACAAUGGUGUAAAGAAUCUACCACAACGUACUAACUUACUCCAUGCAUGCAUAUUACAAAAUGCAAAAUAUGUAAACACAUUGCUUAUAACACAUUCCCCAUAUGAGAACUAUGUGGAAGAAAAACCUGUGUAAAUUAAAAUCCUUGCAUUCUCCAAUGACUGGAAUGUACGAACACUAUGUUUUAACUGCAUCU